CAGAAAACUGCUGUAAAUUGCCCUGUGGAAAAAUUACAAGAAAUAACAGCUGCUAAAUCAAGUUCUGCGCAAGAAUUAAAGACAACUAUUAAAAUACAUGACAGCAAUAAUGUUUCUGAAGCAAAAGUUGGGAAAAAUAAUCAAAAAACUGACCUAAAAGGUGAAAUAUCUAGUCAGAAAAAUGAAGAUUCAAAUAAAGGAGGGACAGCAGAAGAAAACGGUCACGCUCAAGAUCAAGAUCUAGAAAACACAGAAGAAGAUCACAUUCAAGAUCAAGGUCAAGGUCUCCAAGACACAGAAGACACCACCAUAGACAUAGACAUCAUAGAUCAAGAUCAAGAGAUCAACACCGAAACAGUUCAUCAUCAAGAUAUAGAAGAAAAGAAAAAUCGCCCAAAAUAUCUAAAGAAGACAAAGUCAAACUGCUUGAAAUUGCAAAAGCAAACGUAUUAGCUCAACACAGAGCAGAUUCUACACUUACUAAUUUGUCUACUGAAAGUCUGGCCGUUAUGCGAUCUGGUGGUGUUACAGUUGAACAACUAACGGGGGUAUGCAAAGAUAUUAUGGAUGGUAAACGAGAAGUAACUGUUCAGAAUGAGGCAAAGAUAAAUCACCCUUACCAAGUUAAAGAAGCCCCUUCAAUUACUAUUAAUAUAAAAUCGCAAGUCCCUGUCCCUCCAGUGGCCAAUCGUCCUCUCGCAAUUCUCUCCAAGGAGUUUCCGGUCUCGUCCGGAUCGCAACAUCAGAGGGAGGAUGUGUAUGGGAAGUGGGAGCCGAUCCAGAAAGAAGAGAAAAAAGAUGAAAUUAAAAAUAAGGUUAUUAAAAAACCUGCUGUAGAAGAAAACAACACGCUGAUGAUAAAAGACGUGAUUGCUGAACGUGUUCACGCUGUAAGGGAGCUUGAAAGUAACCCUAGUAAUGAAACAGCAUUGAAUAAUAUGCAACAGAUGCAAGUGAAGUUAGAUAAAUGGAUGAGAUCGAAGAUAAUUCCUGGGCAAUUUACUGGGUCUUCUGGUUUACAACCUCUCAGUAGAAUGGAACUUGAAAGGGGACAACAAGCUUGGGCAAAUAAUUCAACUUUAAAUUCGGGCAAGCAAGUCGGGGGUAUUGGAAAGGCUCUGCUGCAAAAAAUGGGGUGGAAAGAGGGGGAACCACUGGGUAAAACAAUGACUGGGUCUCUAGAACCUCUGAGGGUGAAUGUGAAGACAGAUCGAAAAGGUCUUACAAGUAUUAUGGAAUGCAAAUCCAAUACAACGCUCAUACCAGCGGGACCUGUUGCACAUAAGGGCAAUUUUACCGCAGUGCGAGAUUUAUCCGGAAAACACCCUGUCAGUGCAUUAAUGGAAAUAUGCUCGAAGCGGAAAUGGUCACAGCCAAAUUUUCAGCUUGUUCAUAACUCUGGCCCAGACCAUCAGAGGUUUUUCAUGUUUAAGGUAACAAUUAAUGGGCAAGAGUACCAGCCUUCUACGCCAUCUGUGAACAAGAAACUCGCAAAAGCGAAUUCGGCCAGUGUUGCUUUACAAGGCAUGGGACUCAUUCCAAAAGUGGACUGAAAUUGCGUUUUUAAUAAAAUAAUUAAAAGACAAAAAUUAAAAAAAUAAUUUUUAAAUUGAAAAAAAAUUUAUGGGAAAAUGGGGAGUCCGUUUUUAUGAGGUUUGACCCAAAGAUUGGUCCAUGAUAAAAAAAGAACACCUCAAAAAUAAAUUCCACCAAUAGUUCACAAUAAACAGUUUCAAAAAACAGAAUACUAAAUGUGAAUGAACUAAUG